AUGUCCGCCCCGAUCCGCGUUGCGGUGCUCGACGACUACCAGGGGAUAUCCGAGCCGAAGUUCAAGGCGCUGGACCCGUCCAAGUACGAGGUGACCUUCUUCAAGGACACCCUCCUCCCGUACAACCACCCGGACACCCCGCAAGAUGUCAAAGACAAGCUGGUCGCCCGCCUCGAGCCCUUCACCGUGAUCUCCACCAUGCGCGAGCGCACCCCCUUCCCGCGCGAGCUGAUCGCGCGCCUGCCCAACCUCAAGCUGCUGCUCACCACGGGCAACCGCAACCUGGCGCUGGACCUGGGCGCGUUCGCGGAGCGCGGCAUCCCCGUGGCGGGCGCCGUCGACCGCGCGCACGCCGGCUCCGUCGGCUCCGUGUCCACGACGGAGCACUGCGUCGCGCUGAUCCUGGCCGCCGCGCGCAACCUCGCGCAGGACGACCACGUGGUCAAGAGCGGCGGCUGGCAGACCGUGCCGGCCGUCUCGCUCGCUGGCAAGGUGUUUGGGGCCGUCGGGCUCGGGCGGCUCGGCGUGGCGGUGGCGAGGAUCAUGCGCGUUGCGUUUGGGAUGCGCGUGGUCGCGUGGAGCGAGAACCUGACGCAGGAGAAGGCGGAUGAGAAGGCGCGCGAGGCGGGGCUGCCGGUGGAGGGGGAGGACGGGGAGAAGACGUUCAAAGUGGUGAGCAAGGCGGAGUUGUUCAGGACUGCGGAUGUGGUCAGCGUGCAUCUGGUGUUGUCGGAUCGGUCGCGGGGCGUGAUCGCGGGCAGGGAUCUGGAGAUGAUGAAGCCGACGGCGAUCUUUGUCAACACCUCGCGGGGGCCGCUCGUCGUGGAGAAGGACUUGCUGGACGUGCUGGAGCAAGGCAAGAUCCGGGCGGCGGCGCUUGAUGUGUUCGAUCUGGAGCCGCUGCCCCUGAACAGCCGGUGGAGAACAACGAAAUGGGGACAGGAUGGGAGGAGCCAGGUGCUUCUCACGCCGCACAUGGGCUACGUGGAGGAGGCCACACUGGAUGCCUGGUACGACCAGCAGGUCGAGAAUCUGCUGCGCUGGGAGAAGGGGGAGAAGCUGGUCCAGACGCUGUACUAGGAAGGGUCUCAGUGCAGAAACACGCCCCCUCGCAGAGAAAACGCGUUCAAGCGUGCGCCUUUGGCAACCUCGCGAGGGAAAGGAUUCCUCUCUUGCAGGCUCUGCCCUGGAAAGGUUCAGUCCCCAGUCCCCCUUGGAGUCUCUGUUUAUUGGUUGCUGGAGAUGGGGCAAACGAACAGCGGUGGAAAGGCACGCAAAGUUGGCAGCCUGGAGACUUUGUCCGCACGCCGGGAAGGCACGCUUCCCAGAAAAAACAUUACACUCGCUGCGGUGAGGUGCUUUCUUGUGUGGUUGUUUCCCGGCUGCGCGCCAAACCAGCAAAAACAAGCCGCCAAUUCGCGCGCAACUCUAUUUAUUUCUUCUGGCGCGAUCGCAAGCCAGUUCUUCUCCAGCGCUCAACAUCGCCCGAACGUGAGCAGC